AUGAAGUGCGAUUGUGACUACGUGGUUACGGGUAAAGAGUCGUUGGCAGCGCAUUAUGACAACUGUCGAUUAUUGUGGGAUGAACUGCAUCCAGGAAAACCAUGCCCCAAAAAUGCAGAUGGUACUAUAAAGUUGUUAAACAAACAUCUGGACAACCUGGAUGUGGACAUUCUGUAUCAUCUGGGACUAGACACAAAGACUUACGACCUUCCUGCAAUGUUUGGAGAUGUCAAAUUCGUCUGUAUGGGUGGCACAAAGGUGCGCAUGCGUGAGUUUGCAGAGUACAUGCGGGAAGUGUUGGACCUGCCGAACAAAGGAGCGAAGCUGGUGAACCUCACCAAGCACUCGCAGAGAUACGCCAUGUAUAAAGUUGGACCUGUCCUCUCCCUCAGUCAUGGCAUCGGUAUCCCUUCGAUGACCACGGCCCUUCAAGAGGUGAUCAAGUUGAUGUACUACGCGAAGGCCAAGGACCCCAUAUUCUUCAGAGUAGGCACGUCGGGAGGUCUCGCUAUACCAGCUGGUUCAGUCGUCGUCUCGUCUUUUGGAGUAAACGGCAAUUUGGAGAAGACCUAUGAUAUUCCAGUAUUAGGCAAAACUCGCAAGCUGCCAGCAUUUCUGGACCAGAGAGUUUGUCAAGAAGUUCAUUCCUUGAGCUCUGAUGACGAUGGCUUCGGUACUUACAUCGGAGGAACCAUGGGAGCUGAUGACUUUUAUAGAGGCCAAGCGCGUCUCGACGGUCCUUUCUGCGACUAUUCUGAGGCGGACAAGAUGGCGUUCUUAAGGUCUCUGACUGACAUGGGCGUCCGGAACAUAGAGAUGGAAGCUACCGCCUUCAGCGCUUUCACUAGAGAAGCAGGGAUCCGCGCCAGUAUAGUUUGCGUCACGUUCUUGAAUAGACUUCAAGGCGAUCAGGUGACUCCAAGCAAAACUACGCUAACAGAAUGGCAGAGACGGCCUAUGCUUGUGGUCGGCAGAUACAUCGCGCACUAUUUCAAGAAGAAUUGA